AUGUGUCUCGGAGAAAAUCGCACCACGCAGUGCGCCAACUGCAACAUCAAGACCUUUGAGAAGUUCAUUUGGCUCGGCUGUGCUUCUGGUAAGCAAAGCCCCCCUUCCGACUGGACUGAACUGAAUGCUACCUGCCCAUCCACUGUUAUCGACACGGUUCGUUUGAAUAGAUGCACUGGAUGCGAGAUCGCUCUCCGUGAGAUGCAGCUCAACAUUCCUGAUCCUGCCAACAAUCCUGGCCCUGCUCGAUCUUUCCAUCCUGAGGAUCCCACUUGUUCUCAUCCUCCCCUUCCCACUUACGACUGGUCUCAAACUAUGGCUAUGACAUGCACUCCAAGAGCUGACACCCCAACUUCCGCUACCAACCAGUCCCCUGUUGACACCACGACUAAGUCUACUGACAAGCUCAGCAAGAUCUCAAGACUUGGUGCUCCUCUCAAACGUAUGCUCUCUCGUAGAGCUCGUACUAGACCCUCGCGUGCUUCAAGUCCCACUUCGAGUGUUUAUCCUACUAGCUCUGGCAAACAUCAAGCUCUCAACUCCGCCAGCCGCUCUGUCCCCACUCCUCAGCCCCAAUUCAUCCAAACCCCUCGAGGUCCUCAUGCCAACCCUCUUCGCAGUAAUCCUGUUGACCCUAACAUCUUCCGUCCGACCAACGUCCAGGUCGUUCCUGAGUACUCUCCCAAUCUCCCAGGCUAUGAGCAAUCUCAAGCCUCCGAACAGCCACCUUCCUUUCUCAUUGCCAGAGCUGCUGACGAUUGCGAUCUCUGGGAUGCCUCUACAGCCGCUGCCGACUGGCAGCGUGCCUUUCAGAACUAUGACCGCGGUGUUCAGCCCCGUCUCAACACCCUCGUUGCCCGCGCCAAUCGCAUCACCACACCCAACACCGCCUUAAACCUCCUCUCCCUCAUCGCCGCAGAACUGGACCGCAUCCGCACAGACGCCGAAAGAAUUGCCGUCUUCUCCUUGAGAACCGAAUCCGACAACUUCCACAUCCUGUCCAAUUAUGAAACACUUCUUACCACUGCUGACAGUCAAAACAGAAUGCAGAGUAGGAUUAUAGGGAUGGAGGAGUUGUAUGGUAGGUUGACAACUAGUGCUGACUACAUGAUUCAGUUUGUCGCUUAUCGUAUGAAUGCUUAUCUCGCACACGCUGAGAAGGUUAUUAGCGAGCUUGAAUAG